AUGUUUGAUCCCAAUGUGAUGACCACGUCGGGACUCCUAGAGUGGGAGUUCUCCUUGCCAUCCGACCAGAUCAUCUCCCAUGGCUGGUACCACGGCGCCCUCAGCAGAACAGCUGCUGAGAGCCUACUCCAACAGGACCGCGAGUUCCUCGUCAGGGACUCUUCAUCACAGCCAGACAACUACGUUCUCAGCUGUCGCUCAAACGGACAACAUUUGCAUUUCGUUAUACAACGGAUUGUCGUACACCCUGACACUGUGUACGAACGACACCAAUACCAGUUUGAAGAUGAAGCUUAUGAUACGGUCGCUGAUCUCAUCACCUCUUAUGUGGGAUCUGGGAAGCCGAUAUCAGCGGCGUCGGGAGCCAGGAUACAGUAUCCAGCCAAUCGGGUGACUCCCCUCACCAACUACAUUCAGAAUGAUGAUAUUAGCUCCGUCGUUUCACCCGUAGGAGAUGGGUCUUACUGUAACCCGUACAGCUUGUACAGCCAUUUUGCAGCAAAACCAGGAAUGCAGCUCAGAGUGCCUUUUAAGAAACAAAGAUCCCACUCACUUACCCCUAUCGAUAUGGGUCAACACGUCACUCACGGGAAGAGCGCCAGCGCAGACGGCGUCAUCCAGAGUCAAACUAGCAUGCAUGGCAAAAACUUCUGCAGUGAUCCUAACUCCGGGUCCAAUACCUGGGAUGCUAACCUUCCCACUAGUCCUCCAGCAAAGCCAGCCAGGUACGAUGGACCCAAGGCUGAUGAAAGGCGACUAGAACUCCAACGCCUCUACCAAGUUUCAGGGUCAGAUUCUGGAAACGGAUCCGGAGAUUCCACGCAGAGUUCAGCGCACAGUGAUCCGAACAAAUCUAGAAUGGAAUCGGACUACAAUCUGGUGACACCCACCAUAAAGCAACAAUUUGACUAUGAACAAACUGAAGCGCGGCUAUUACAGUCAGAGAAUUUGGAUUACGUGGUAGAUUCCAGAAUAAAUCUAGAGAACUUCCAAUCGCAAAUCAUACCCACUGGGCUAACAAAACCACUGGAAUCUGAAACAUUACAUACAAUUAAGCUGUUACUGCGCACUUCUGGGCCCAGGAUUUUAGCGAACCACAUGACGAAAGUUGAAUUGUUUUUCUUUUUUGAUGAUGCUAUACAAAUCGAGGGUCUGGACAAAACAGCAUCGGGAUUGGAGCUAUUGUUUCUUCCACAAGGCCGACCACUACGUUUAGAUGUCAUAGAAAGGAUCGAAACUUUCCGCCUUUUGAUAGCGGUGACAAUAUUGACUUGCCAAACAGACAGGCAGCGAGCUGACACCAUUAACGACUGGAUCCUGCUGGCGGUUGAAACGAAGACCGCUUUGGGGAACCUGUAUGGGUUUUCGGCUAUCAUGUUUGGACUUUGUAUGCCUCAGGUGGAAUGCUUAGAGAAUGCGUGGAACAUUUUAAGGCGGGUGUAUACGGACAAUGCGUUUAUGUUCGAGGCGAAAUUGAGGCCUUGUUUUAAGAGUAUGAAUGAAGGCACGAACCCGCUGCCGCCGAAUACCACCACGCCUUACAUCCUACCGCCAGUUCUGUGCUUCCAUUUAUUUGAUGGCGAGGGUGGAGGCUUAAUGCAACCAGACGACACAUUCCCCGCCAGCCUGAUGAACAGCCUCGAGUUCGAUUUCAACGCGACUGCAGCUCACCUCGACGCGGCUAGGCACUUCCCUAACCAGCUGGACAUGUUCAAACGCAACGCCAGAACAGUAGUACAAGAGAUGUCUUCCUUAGGUCCAAUGCUUGACCCCACACUCCUCGAGCUGUUCAGAACAGAGUUCCAUAUAAACUUCUUGUGGGGAGAGAGGGGGGCAUUGACAACGCCAAACCAGAGAUUCGCUCGACUUACCGAUAUAUUGACAGCUAUGGCGACUAAAUUAGCCAGUCAGCCGCCCGAUGACGAUGUUUAAGUUAAUAUUAGAAAUGUUACCAUAUCACUGAAGUAGGUUAUCUACGAAAGGCCAUUCCUGAUAUUCUAUCUAUCCUACGUUUCGCUUACCGGAGAUAUUAAUUUUAUAUUACUUACUAGCUUCCGUCCGCGGCUUCGCCCGCGUUGAGUUCUGUUAUAUCACGUUUCCAAGAGAGUUCUUCAAAAGUCCGGGAUAAAAACUAUCCUAUGUUCUUUUUCAAGGUCAACUCUAUCUCUGUACUAAAUUUUAUUAAAAUAAGUUCAGUGGUUUAGACGUGAAAGCGUAACAGACAGACAGAGUUACUUUCGCAUUUAUAACAUUAGUAGGGAUAUGGGUAAUGUUAAAAUCCUAUGUCUGGUAACCAAAUCAUUAGAUAGAUAAAUUAUUGGGAACAGUUUUUAAUCAAAACGCCAAUUUUGUAAUAAGUAUUGUUUGUUUAUCGUGAUGGUUUUGUUGUAGACAUAACGCAGCGAUGAUAAUAUUAGUACUAAGUAUUACUUAUUGCGAAUUCCAUAUAGUUGUGUACUAUGAACGUGAGAUAAUUUUACUGGCUUGUUGAAUUUUUUGCAGGGAGGUAUAGUUAUCGGCACGGAUAUUGAGCCCUGACCUUCACCUGCGCAGAAGCGAUUUAUUGGUUUAUUGCCUUAGGUAUGUGUACAGUGCGCAAAGCGAUCCCCACUCUUCCGCUGAGAGCUCAAUAUCCGUGCCGGUAACUUUAUUUGAUUCCCUGCCAACCCUUAUGAAUUUUAUCUAGUAAACCAACAACCAUUAGUUAUCCAUUUAGAUCUAAAUAAUGUAUUUAUUUAUAGAAUAGUUAAGAUAAUGCCAUAUUACACUCUAAUUGUACUGCCCUGUUUGUUAUACAUUUGUAAAACGUGAUCAUUAUACCAAUCUGAACAUU